AUGUCACUUAAGCCUUCCAAUGCGCGGAAGAAAUCUCCUAAAAAGAGUCCCCACAAACCAACAGCUGCUGACAACGAUGAUGAUGAGCCAUUAAGCGUUGAUUUUGAUGAAGUUGCAGCUCAACCUGUCAAACGAGUGAAAAGACAAAGGUUGGACUCAAUGGAUGCAUCAGCAGCAAUCAGGAAUGCAGCAUCUAAAAAAUCUAAAGACAAAUCAACGAAAAUAACAAAAGAUUCUCAAACGCUCGGAAAGGCGUUAGGAUCGAAAGAUAAAACAAAAACUGUUACGAUUACAAAGACAGUUACUAUCAAGCGCAAGAAAAAAGCUCCAAUUCGAAAACCCGUUAAUUCAAAUAAAGCCCCAGCGAAUCGACGCAAAGGAAAAAAGAAACCGAUUGUUAGGAAAGUUGUCAAAAAAGUUGUUAUCCAUAAGCACAGAUCGAAAAAAAAAGGCUGA